UUCAAUUAUAUUUUUUUCUGGUGAGUUAGUUUUCUACGGGAUGGCGUUGCUCAGUAACAGUAGGUCUUAACAUAAGCAAAAGGAAAAGCAAGAUUCUCUGAUACAACAUAACAGGCAUCAGUCGAACCACACAUUUGAUGGAGAAGAUUUGGAGCAUAUCUACAAGUGAAGAAUAUAUGGAAUUCAAAACAACUGUUUGUCAACCAACACCAAAGUCAGAAUUUUCAAAACAAAUGUCAACACAGUUCUACUGUAUAAGACGGAAACUUGGAGAACUACGAAAGCCAUCAUCCAGCAGAUACAACUGUUUAUUAACAGUUGUCUACGCAAAAUACUUUGGCCAGACACUAUUAGACACUGACAACCUACUGUGGGAGAGAACAAACCAGAUUCCAGUGGAGGAAGAAAUCAGGAAGAAACGCUGGAAGUGGAUAGGACACAUUGAGAAAAGCACCAAACUGCGUCACAAGGCAAGCCCUCACAUGGGAUCCUCAAAGCCGAAGGAGGAGGAGAGGAUGACGAAAGAACACAUUACGUCGAGAAAUGGAGGCAGAUAUGAGAAGAAUGAACAAAAAUUCGAUAGAACUCGAAAGUAAAGACGAGGACAGAGUGAGUUGGAGAAUGCUGAUCGGCGUACGUAAUAGAGAAAAAAACAAAAGAAUGUCUAUAAAGCUCUUACAUUUCAGAGGGACUUUUCCGAAAUCGAUUUGGUAUAAUUAACAUAAGUAGAAAGAAUUGUUUACCUUAGAACGUAUUACAUUGUUUCAUGAAAAUACACAAACCAAACAUCCCGCUACGUCCAAUUGUAGCACUCCCCGGAACGCUAACGUACAAUUUGUCAAGAGAAAUUUCACGAAUAUUUAAACAAUUAGUGGAUCCAACUAAUCACUCUAUCAAAUCUGCUAUCCAAUUCCUGUAUAAAAUUAGGAACAUUUAAAUCAACGACGACAGACUGAUAAUAUCCUUUGAUGUAACAGUCUUAUUCACCUCAAUCGAAUCAAGUUUAUCAAAGGAAACUCUAUCCCUGCUUCUUGUCACCGAAAUAAAUCUCUCAAAGUACACGAAACUUUAAAGUCAAAGUUUACUAGAACUCAUCGAUUCAUGCUUAACAACAUAUUCCCAAUUCAACAACAAAAUCUACGAACAAACGAAAGGAAAACCGAUGGGAUCAUCAAUAUCAAAACUUAUUGUAAAAGCAGUGAUCCAGAGACUGGAAGCCUAGAUUUUAGUAGUGAUCAAACCGAAAACUUGGAUUCAUUAUGUAGACGACACAUUUGUCAUCAUCAAAAACGACUAGCUGGAAAAUAACUACAAUCUGAUCAACAACGUCUUUGACAACAUCAGGUUCACAAUGGAACAGAAGCCAAACAACAAACUAACAUUCUUAAAUGUAUGAAUCACCAGAACCGACCUAGGAAAACUGGAGAUUCAAGUAUAUCGGAAGCCGAUCCACACAGAUCAAAUUCUCAAUUACAGUAGCGAUAACCCAAGAGCUCACAAAAUCAAUUGCGUAAAAACUCUGUUCAAGAGGGUGAGGACACACAGAAACACAGUGCGGUAAAAUGAAGAAAAAUAUUUAAACACUAUCUUUUAAAAGAACGACUACCCAAUCAGCUUAAUCAAAAAUACCAACCAGAUGCAUAGGCAGAAACAAAAUCAGGUACAGAAACCAACGAACGGAUUGUCUUAGCAUAUAUAAAGAGCAUAUCACAAAUUACAACGAGAUUGUUGAAGCAUUUUGGAAUAGGUGUUGCAUACAAUCCAAAAAAAUCACUCCAAUCAAUUAUAUGCAAACCGAAGGACGAAAUGAUAAAAGAAAAACCGAACACCAUCUACAAAAUAAAUUGUCCCAACUACGAAAAACUCUACAUCGGACAAAGUGGACGCCCUCUUCAUCUUUGCUUGCACGAAAAUCAAUUAGUGGUGAAACGCCAUAAUAUAUCCUCGCUUAUACCAGUGCAUGUGGACAACUGUGAGCAAACGUUCAACUUGGAGAAUUUUGAAAUCUUAGAUGGAGGCAAUUCUACAAACACUAGAGAAUUUUUAGAGGCUUGGCACUCAGGUCAAUCAGUAACUAACACACAUAUUGAAAUUGAUCCAAUUUAUCAACCAAUCAGAAAGAUUAUAGACAAAUAUAGGACCAAGAAUCAAGUCAAUAGUGGGAGAUAAAAUAAAGAAGUAAACAAUGACAGGGUAAGGUCAACAGUAGUCAAUCACGAUUGAGGUCUGCAAGACAAGCUGAGUCAUAGGUGAAAAAAUUCGGACACUUCACUUCUACCUGGAGUUCGUGCUGAUGGUGUCGUUGAGACGAACGAUGAAAACUCCAUGACUGAACCAUUCAGCUCAGAGAACGAAACUCCACCUAAAUUAUCUUCCUGAGCUACAAAUCUUCUCCGCCGUCUCAAAAUCGUGAAAUUUCAUUGUCUCUUGACUAGAUCUAUUAACUGGAAGGGGGAAGGAUACACAGCUCCAAGGUUAGGAAUGAAAACAAUCAAAACAAAUAUGUGAACAACGCUCAUACACCUAUGAACAAUAACCAUCUAAAUUCUAGGUCAACAAAACAAGCAUCCAAUCACCUGUAGAGAAUUUUUAUUGAUUCACUUGUUAUUGAAUUGUGUGCUGAUGAUGUUGUCAAGGUAGACAAUGAAAGCUUUACGAAUAAGUCAUCCAGCCUAGAGAAUAAAACUCCCUCGAAAUUCUCAUUUCGAGCUACAAAUAUUCCUCACCACCACAUAUAUCACUAAAGUUUUGUAUCCGUGGUGGUGAUAGAUAUUUACGUGUUUGGGGAAAUGCUGUUGUCUAUCAAAAAUACAAUGUUUAUCAGAUAAUAUUGCAAGAAAAAAACAGUAGACAAAUUGUGACACAUGGUAAAAUGAUGUAAAAAAAGAACAUUUCAUGCGGAAAUUACGGUAAAAAGAAUCAAGGCUAUUUAGUUUGAAUAACUGAACGUAUUCAGUUAAGUCAAAGUUCACCUAUGAGUUUCAUCAUCUUUUAAAUGAACAGUUGUUAUUUUUCUUUUUAGAACAGCAUAAAUUUGAUGACCAAAGUAGAAAUGGAUACAGUAAGGAACUAAAGAAUACACAUGGUAUCUAUAAGCACUAUGACUAAUUAAGAAAGAAUUCACUUGUAUUUUGAAAUUUUUUCUAUUCUGAUCGAUAAUUAUAUGUUGACAAGUGAUUAAUUUUCAGAAGUAUACUCAACGUUCAAAUAAGAAUCUAUGAUUAAGGGAGUUUAGCUAUGUUAGAAGGCAGAUAUCACCGAUAGUAUUGAUGUCAGUCCCUCUAUAUCACGCCCGACAGUUGCUGCUACCUUGACCUUGUGGUCGGGCUUGCUAAUCGUAAUAGACCAAUCGAACUAUAUUGGCUGGAACGACUGUUCCUCAAGGUCCUACCAUUCCAGGCAGGUCGGUUGAAGAGAGCUAAGAUUAAAAGCAGCAAACCCAAGAUCCUAGAGAGAAGUCGCACUGCUGAAUGUACAGAGGUGUGACGACAGUAAGGUGUUUCUUUCAAACAACCAGCAUAACAGCAAUGCUGCCUUCCCACAAAAAGGGGGAUUCAAAAAGUUCAACCCUAAAAAUGUACACCUCACCUUAUCCCACGGAUUCCCUUCUCCGAUGCUAAGGUUUCAACAAGUACGGAGCUCAUACGAAAAUUGCUCACAAGAAGGUUGUAUGUGAACGACCUUAAGUAGUUGUCUCUUGGGCACUGCGGUCACGCUCUCAGGUCAUUAGGGCCACCCCAAUCCAAUCUUUUCGGGUAUCUCUAGAACAACCCUUCCACGGUGAUGGCAAUUGGGAAGUGAAAACCGCCCUCAUACCUCUAACAGAAAUCUAGAUAACUGUGUUCAUAAUCCAUCUCCCUAUAUCAAGAUCUAUGGGUAAUAUGCUCUAUUUAUUAUUUAUUUAUUUGAACACAUAAAUAUUGGUACAAGAGAGCGCCAAUAUAUAUGCGUCACACAAAACAAUGAGAAUUCGAAGAGAAAUAGAAAAAAAGAGAACAAUAACGAAGAGAUUGGUGUAAGGUAGUGUGGUAGUAAUGAGGGAACGCAAAGGUACAAUCGGAAGAAAUCUUUCAGGUAAGGGAGACACAGCCACUUUUUAUGAAGAAAGUAAAAGAAGGUUACAGCAGGAUCGCCACUGGC